AUGUCUUAUUCAACAUUAAAAAAAGCUCUACAGUUAUUCGAGGAACAACCACUUUUAAAUCAAAAAACCACACAAAAAAAAUCUGCCAAAAAGUCUUCCAGUCGCUCAAAUAAAUUUAAAAGUAAAUCACAGCGUGCCAAAAGUGUAUUUAAAGUACCGAAUUUUAUGAAAUCUGAUGCUGGAAAAUCUGUUCUCAAAAUAAAAGAACAAAUAAAAAAUGAAAAGGAACUGAAUUUGGUGCAGUUAAAUUUAGAACGGUUACAUAAAUUAGAUAGGACUAGUUGUGUAAAUAACAUUGCAUCUAACUUGAUCAAGCAACGUUUAGUCAAUUUGUCAUCUGAAAUACCAAAUUCCAAAAAAGAAGAAAGUACUGUAUUUACCGAUGAAGAUUUUGAGAAAUUUGAACGUGAAUAUUUUCAAGACUAA